AUGCUCCUUUGUCGUCUGUCGGCACGAGCCAGGCGACAUCCGCCUCAUUUCUACCUCAUCUCACAACUGUUGUCAACGUCAGAAUGGCAGCAAACUCACGUGAGAUUGGUCAGAGAAUCCGUGGAUCCCUCUGUGGUCUGCUCCCGAGACUCUAUUUAUCCGAGCUUUAUUGCUAAAGCUGGUGUCUUCGGCGAAGUUCUCUGUGAUUCUCAAACUGACGGUGGAGGCUGGAUUGUCAUUCUAAAGCGCUUUGAUGGAACUCUAAAUUUUUUCAGAAACUGGGCGGUAUAUAAGACUGGUUUUGGAAAUGUCCAGGGAGAAUUCUGGAUGGGUAAUUUUAAUGUCUUUUUAUUGACGUCAGGUGGUCAUUUUGAUUUAAGAGUUGAUAUGGAGUUUGAAAACAACAGGUACUCCGCUACAUAUUCAUCAUUCAGGUUGGGACCAGAAAAUGAUAAUUUCCGUCUUCAUAUUAAGGAAUUUCUCGGAGGGAAUGCGGGCGAUAGUUUGAGUUAUCAUAAUAAUUCAGUUUUCAGUACAGCUGAUAAGGAUAACAACAGGUACGCGACGCAUGGGAACUGUGUGAUGUAUGCUCGUGCUCCGUGGUGGUACAAACAGUGUAUGAGAAGUCUGCUCUUUGGGGAAUGGAAGGGUUUGGGUUUGGGUAAGGGCGUUAUUUGGUCAACUAUUACCGGCAACGACAAGUCCCUUGACUCUGUUGAAAUGAAGAUAAGAAUGGACACAAAGUGGUAUUAA